AUGAAAUUCCAACUCUGGGCUGUUGCCCUCGCAUCGGCGCUCUGUGUCCAAGCCAACGAAUGGCAUGCCUAUUACCGCCUCGAUAGCAAAGCAUACCAGACAAAGUUCGAUCAAAUGGUCUCGCAAGGCUAUAGGCUGAACUCGGUCAGCGGAUAUGAGUACAAUAAGGAGGCAAACUUCGCUGUUAUCUUCGAAAAGAGGUCCUCCCCCGCUUGGAAGUCCUAUCACGGGAUGACAUCCGACCAAUACCACCAAAAGUUCGAGGAAUACCUGAAACAAGGGUAUCGUGUUGUCCAGGUCAAUGGGUACACAAUCGAUGGCAAGGAUCGCUACACUGCUAUCUGGGAGAAAGACUCAUCCUUGCCCUGGAUCUCGCGUCACGGGAUGAACAAAGAAUGGAUGCAAAAGUAUUUCGACAAGUACUUGGAGGAGGGAUACAGGAUGACCCAUGUUAGCGGGUAUGAGGUUGAUAAUGAGAGUCGUUAUGCCGCUGUUUGGGAAAAGAGGGAUGAUACUACUGCUUGGGUCUCUGCUGGCGAACUGAACUCGACUGCGUACCAGGCUACGUUUGACAAGCAUGUGAAGGAUGGGUAUCGGCUUGUCGAUGUGGACGGAUAUCAAGUCGGAGAUGAGGUACAGUAUGCUGCAAUCUGGGAUAAAUCUGCGUCUGGUGCGUGGGUGGCAAGACAUGGUCUCGACUCUCCUAAGUUUCAGGCUGAGUUCAACAAGUACCGUGAUGAAGGCUAUGUCUUGAGGACUUUUAGUGCCUACAACGAUGGGACGGCGGACCGCUAUGCUGCUAUCUGGGUCAAAUAG